AUGAGUCGACCUGCCUUUGAGCAGUUCACGGCUCAGCCGCCGCAGCCUGCCGGCGAGUUUGUCGCUCAACAGCAGACCAUACAAGGAGAAGCCAUGGCGGCACAGGGACAGGAGCUCACCAUUGCUAAGCUCGAAAAUUCUGUCGCAACAAUGGAAGAACAGCAACUAACAGCAGAUCCACGCUACCAGAAAAUGUUGCAGCUGAAAUCUAAGCUAACAGGUGCUCCUCCACACACUGAAGUCGCUCAACAGCCUUCACCCUCAGCUGGUCAGCAGCAGCCACAAAUUACACCAGCGCAAUUAAACCAACUCAGGGCGCAGGUUAGCGUGUACAAGUUGUUGGCGAGGAAUGAACCAGUACCACCAGCCCUCGCUGCUGAAGCUGUCUUUGUGAAAAAUAAACCGACGUCUCUCCUACCUGAACCAUACGAAUUCCCUGGAGAAGGGGAUAACGGAGAAAAGCUACCGUACGAUCUCAUGAAGGUUCUGAACAUUCAUCAACAGCGCUGCGCAAGACCAACCUCUCUGCCGACUCCUGUAGGCAUAGAUCCCGCAUCUCUUCUGAAGGAACGUGAACACAGGAUACAGAAUCGCGUUGGCCUUCGAAUCAAAGAGCUGAGCAAUCUGCCUGCUGACCUUCCACCAAAUUUGAGAAUAAAGGCGGAGAUCGAACUUCGCGCUUUGCGGCUGGUGAAUCUGCAGGCACAGGUUCGCAGUGAAGUAAUGGGAGCACUCCGUAGGGAUACGACGCUUGAAACAGCUCUCAAUCCAUAUGCUUAUCGCCGAACAAAAAGGCAGUCGUUGCGUGAGGCGAGAGUAACAGAAAAACUUGAGAAGCAGCAGAAGAUGGAACAAGAAAGAAAACGGAGACAGAAACAUACAGACCUUAUGCAAGCCAUCAUUCAGCAUGGAAGAGAGUUUAAGGAGUAUCAUAGGAACAAUCUGCUCAAGACACAAAAGGUUAAGAAGGCCGUCUUGACAUAUCACCAAAACAAUGAACGAGAGCGAAAGAAGGAUGAAAUCAAGAAUGAACGACUUCGAAUGCAAAAGCUUAUGCAGGAAGAUGAAGAAGGUUACCGUGCUUUGCUGGACGAGAAGAAGGAUCAACGUCUGGUGUACUUGCUACAACAGACCGACGAAUAUGUGGAGAGCUUGUGCAGUCUUGUACGACAGCACCAAAAUACGGAGAAAAAGAAGAAAAGAGAAGAGAGAAAAAUGUCAAAGAUGGAAGAAGGUGAAGCACGCGUUCACGUUCGUGAUACCUCCACGGGAAAAAUCCUCCAAGGCGAUGAAGCUCCGAAGCCCGAUGAAUUAGAAGUAUGGCUUGAAACCCAUCCUGGAUUCGAGGUAGUUCCACGUGAUCAGCUUUCUGACGACUCCGAUUCGGACGAAGAGGACAAUCCCGCUCCAGCACCUGCAAAGAAGGAUGUUGAUGAGUAUGCUGGAAUGGACGAGGAAACAAAAGCUCGAAUGAUCUUGGAAAAGGCCAGAAAUGAGGAAGAUGAAUAUGAUCAGAGGAAUCGCAAACAAAUGGCCGACUAUUACGCCACUGCUCAUAGAAUUAAGGAGAAAAUUGUACAACAACAUUCCACGAUGGGCAGUGAAACACUGCUUCUGAAGCCAUAUCAGCUGAAAGGUCUGGAAUGGAUGGUUUCCCUAUACAACAAUAAUCUUAAUGGGAUUCUAGCGGAUGAAAUGGGUUUGGGGAAAACCAUUCAGACCAUUUCUCUUAUCACCUACUUAAUGGAAGUGAAGCAAAACAAUGGUCCAUACCUUGUGAUCGUACCUUUGUCGACGCUUUCCAACUGGAACAUGGAAUUCGAGAAAUGGGCUCCAUCCGUAGUGAAGGUAGUUUACAAAGGUAACAAGGAAUCUCGCCGACGUGUCGAAGGUCAAAUCCGUAAAGGUGCUUUCAAUGUCUUAAUGACGACAUACGAAUAUGUGAUUCGUGAAAAGGCUCUUCUCGGAAAGAUUCGUUGGAAGUACAUGAUCAUUGAUGAGGGUCAUCGUCUCAAAAACCACAAUUGCAAGCUAACACUUAUGUUGAACGGCUAUUUCCAUGCUCAGCACAGAUUGCUUCUCACUGGUACUCCUCUCCAGAAUAAGCUGCCAGAGUUGUGGGCCCUGCUAAAUUUCUUGCUUCCCUCAAUAUUCAGCUCCUGUGGAACCUUCGAACAGUGGUUCAAUGCUCCAUUUGCCACUACAGGAGAAAAGGUUGAAUUAAAUCAAGAAGAAACAAUGCUGAUCAUUCGACGUCUGCACAAAGUCUUGAGACCCUUCCUGUUGAGAAGACUGAAGAAAGAGGUGGAGUCGCAACUUCCAGACAAGACAGAAUAUGUCAUUAAAUGUGACCAAUCAGCGCUUCAAAAGGUUCUCUACAAGCAUAUGCAGAAAGGACUGCUGAUUGAUAGCAAACAGCAAUCGGGUGGCCGUGCUCUGAUGAAUACAGUGGUUCACUUGAGAAAGCUGUGUAAUCACCCAUUCCUCUUCCAGUCAGUUGAAGAUUCUUGCCGAGCAUUUUGGAAGGUUGAAGAGGUUUCAGGGCAAGAUCUCUACCGAGUUUCUGGUAAGUUGGAGCUGUUAGAUCGUAUCCUGCCGAAGUUGAAGGCGACAGGACAUCGUGUGCUGAUGUUCUGCCAAAUGACCACCAUGAUGACAAUUAUCGAAGAUUUCUUCAAUUAUCGAAAAUGGAAGUACCUUCGGCUUGACGGCAGUACUAAGCCUGAUGAACGUGGCCAACUCUUAGAGUUAUACAACGCUCCAGACAGCGAAUAUUUCCUCUUCAUGCUCUCUACUCGUGCGGGAGGUUUAGGACUGAAUUUACAAACGGCAGAUACUGUGAUUAUAUUCGAUUCGGAUUGGAAUCCGCAUCAGGAUAUGCAAGCCCAGGAUCGGGCGCAUCGCAUCGGGCAGAAGAGAGAAGUUCGGGUACUGCGCCUCAUUACGACAAACUCUGUGGAAGAGCGAAUUCUAGCGGCAGCGAAAUAUAAGCUGAACGUUGAUGAAAAGGUUAUACAGGCUGGAAAAUUCGAUCAGCGAUCUACUGGGGCAGAAAGGAAGCAAAUGCUUGAGCAAAUCAUUCGGGCCGAGUCUGAGGACGACGAAGACGACGAGGUGCCGGAUGACGAAACGAUCAAUCAAAUGAUAGCCAGAUCAGAGGAAGAGUUCAAUUUGUUCCAGUCGAUGGAUAUUGAUCGAAGGAGAGAGGAAGCAGGACAGCUUCACAGAAAGCCCCGUCUACUUGAAGAGAAUGAGAUUCCUCAUGACAUUCUCAAAGCAUCGGAUGAGUUUGCUGAAUUAGAACGGGCUCAACGUGAAGGGGUAAUCAAGGAUGACCCGUAUUCAACAGGAAGACGACGAAGGCGUGAGGUAGACUAUUCAACCGAUCUAAUGUCGGAUGACCAGUGGCUCAAACAAAUUGACGAUGCGGAGGAGGAAGAACAUGAGGCUAAGAAGAAAAAGCGGAAGCGGAAAGCAGAAGAUGAAGAGGAUGAAGAAGGCAAGAAAAGGAAAAAGGCCAGCCCUGAAGUGAUCGAAGUGAUGAAUAAGGUGUACGACAUAUUGGUUGGAUUCAAGACGAAUGAUGGCAGGGAGAUCGCUGUACCAUUCAUCGAGCUUCCCACAAAGCGGGAGCUGCCCGAUUACUACGACAUUGUGCACAAUCCUAUGGAUUUUGCAAGGAUUAAGAAGAAGAUCGACAAGGGCAGGUAUGCCACAAUCGAAGAGAUGGGAAAUGAUGUGAAGCUGCUUUGUGAAAAUGCUAGGUUAUACAAUAUCGAGGGCAGCGAUAUCUACAAUGAUUCGAUGUUACUGGAAGCAGUAUGGAUGAAGGUUACCGGUGGAGAUCCAAUGGCUCUCCUGAAAGGAAGGGCAACUGAAGGCGCUAGUCAGUCUGGUAGCAGUCAGAAAGAAAAAACAGUUGCAGAUGACAACGAUUCCCGCGAUAGAACUCCCUCGAAAAGGGACAACGAGGAUAGUCAAUCGUCGACUUCAUCUAGCCGCCGCAAGUCUCGGCCGUCGAAGAGAAAUGUUUCUUCGGAUGAGGAAUCUGACUGA